GGGCUCUGCCAGGGCUCCCCUGCGUUGUAUUCUCGUCAGGACUCUCACUGCGACGACAGCGCAGGUGCCGGGGACCACCGCAGACGUCCAGGACCCUGCACUGUCGCUGGGAGAGAGGGAGGACGGAGAGAGACCGGAUUGGGAGCGUGGGAGAGGAGGCAGUUUAGAAUCCCACGGGGGAAUUGUUGCGGUAGUGGAUUUGCAAAGGACGACUGCCUCCCACCAGGAUAUUCUCCGAAUCCGCAUUUGCCUUUGCCGCUGUACCCUUAUUCCAGUCGAUCUGCCGACAACAAAAAAUAAAUGGACAACCCUCAGCACUAUCAGCCUCUUUCCGCUGCCAUUACUCCCUCCUCUUUCAUCGUCCAGACCGGUCGCUCCCCUCACCAGCACCAGCAAUACGCUGCCUACCCCUCUCACGCUCCCCAUCAGCAGCCGAUAUCUGCCUCUUCCGCACAGAACCACCGUCAGGAAGAGGAGGAAGAGGAAGAGGACGACGUAGAGGGUGAACUCGAUCCUACUCCGCAUGAGUCUCCCAGCGCUCAGUCUUCCCCUCGCGCUGCCACUACCCAAUCGGCAAAGUACUCGGGGUCCGCUUCAACUGCGACCCAGUAUGUACAUCAUACACAAGAUCAGAAUAAUGCGCAACAGACUGCAGACGACAACGCGGAGAAGCGCAAGCCAGGGAGACCCCGUGGAUCACGAAACCGCAAGCCCAAAGGCCCUACAAGCACACCGACCGCCGCACCCAAAGCACCAACUAACACUCAACAUCCUGGAUUCUAUUCCUAUCCCCCUGCCCCUGGAGGUCAACAAGCCGCCCAGAACCACCAGUUCUACGAGUUCCAAUGGCGCGCGUUGAACCUGUGCUCAGAGUUCUACAACGCUGCAGAGGAGCUUAUUAAAAAUGCCCCUCCAAUGGUUAUUGCACAAUGCUACCAAAUGGGACCCGUCCAGAAGAUCGACCCACUCGCAUUAAUUGCGGAAGCGAAACGCGUCUGUGAUAACCUUCUCGCCAACCCUGCCCAACUGGUAGGCACUAUUCCCCAGCCGGUUUACCCCACUGUCCCACAGUAUGCACAAAUGCCGCCGCCGCCGCCACCACCACAACCAACCUCUGCUCCUUCAGGCUCUGGUAGCGCGCCUCCACAAGUGAUCACCAACCCUCAAUCAUUUGUUAUGUCAUUAUCUACGCCAGGAAUGCCGCCCGGUCCACACCCCGGUACCUACUACCCACCACCGGUCUAUGCAACUCCGGGGCAGCGAUACCCGGGCACAGUAACGACACCGUAUUAUUCCUACCCACAGGCAGCUGCAACCUACUACGCACCUCCACCUCAACCUCAGCCAGCGCCUGUUCCGACAACAGCACCUUCAGGAUCUACAACUCCAGUACCGCCGCCUUCGGUGACUCAUGUGCCUCCUCAAACUACCCCGGCUACAUCUACGUCGGGAACAAUAUCCACUUUCAAUGCAGCUACAGGAACCGUUGCUGCAGGGGGACAACAAGGUUCAUGGUCUGAAGAAGAAACAGAACGGUUGAGGAGGUUAGCCGAACAGAGUAGGGAAGCGAACAAAGGUGAGAUCGAAUGGGAUUGGGUGGUGCAGCAAUGGGGAAACAGUAGAACAAGGUAUACGUCUUUAAAUAAUUUUGGUUAUCAUACCCAACCUAACCCUGUACUCUUUAUACAAGACACCAGAUCUUGUUGAAAGCGACGUCGAUGGGUUUGAAAGAGAGCACGACGAGGGGUACGAAACGCAGGAGAGAUGCCGAACAUCAGACGAGUGACUCUCAGGCUGCGACGGCCGCUUCGUCUGGAGCUUCUGCGGCGCAUGGUGCUGUUUCGUCUGCGAGCGUGACUCCGUCGAUGGCCCCAGCGGUGGCACCACCACCACACAGUCCUGCCAUCAACCAUACGACUCCGACCCAGUCGAACGCUACGAUAAACAACUCUGCGGGCUCUUCUUCUGUGUCAGGGUCCCGUGCUCAGACGAAUUCCACAACGUCUGCUGCGCAUCAGUGGCCUGCUCCGACUAUUGCGGCGAACAUCCCGUCGCCUGUGAUGGUACAUAAUCAACCUGAUCCCCAGCAGCAGCAGCGCACGGCUAGUGGGACUACGACGUAUUAUCGGAGACCGAGCGGGGCAACGCAACAACAACAGCAGCAGCAGGGUUAUGGUACUGCUGCGACUGCGACUACUACUUCGCCUACGACGACGCAUUCGAGACCGCCGAGUUCGCAGGCUAGUCAACCGCAGCAUCAGUUUAUGUAUCGGCCGAAUGAGCAGGGUGGGGCGAGGAGGGAGAAUGGGUAUUCGUGAUUUUCGUUUUUUUUUCGUGACGAGCUUGGGAUGGGUUUUUUUGGUCUUGAGUUGUGGUUUGUGGUAGUUAGUGUCGAUUGGAUGCCUGGUUAUUGUGUCUAACAGCUUCGGUUUGUGGAUUCUUUUUCUAACGUGCUAAUUUAGCCUUGACCGAUGAUGUCGCGUCCUUUCUUCCCCCCUCUGAUUAUCUUUAUGUCAGCGUUUUGCUGUUAUUUUAUUGCUAUUCGUUUUUUUUUUCUUUUCCUUUCUUUUCUUUCCUUUUUUCUUUUUGAGUAUCGUUCGACGACUGUUGAUCGUGUAGCAGCUAAAGGUAUCUCUUUUUCUUGUAUUGAGCUGCUUCCCCCCGAGCUAGAUGAUCGAUGCAUGUAGCGAUAUCUCUGCAGACAGACCCCAAUUUGCAUUUUACAAUCUCA